ACCCUGGCGGUUAAUCUUUUUUCCUAAUAUGAAUCAUGUGUGCUUAGUUACUAAAAAGAAAAGAAAAACAAGAAUCAAGACAUCACACACUACGUAUCUUGAAGCAGGAUCUUUGGUCUAAGUAACGAUUCUACCGAAGACGAAAUUAGUAAAAAGAAGUAUAUAAAAAAUUUCCAAAACCCUAAACCCUGAACCGGCGCAAGCAAGAACGCGGUUUGGAACUUGGAACCAUUACAGAGUCCAGAGCAAUGUGUACCCUCGAACCCGACGUCAUCGGCAUCCGCGGCUUCGAGCUACGCCUCAUUCGCUGUACCAUCACUUUCUCACAGCCCUCGGAUUCCCGCCACGAACGUGAAUCGUUGGAUGGCCACAUCAACGACCUCUUGAAUUCCAUCGAGCGCGGCAACUACGUCGAAGCACUCACCUCCGAACCUUCCUUCUCCCUCGUAUUCCGACUCGACGGCCAUGAAUCGCUGCCACUCGACGCGGACCGAGUCUACUCCGAGUUGGUCCACCGCGCUGAGUCCUUCCUCAGAGACGCCGCCGCCGCCGAACAGCGUCGCAGGGCAAUACUCGUCAUGUGUAUUGCCAUCGCCGCAUUUCUAGGGUUCACUCAAUCCAACUUCACCGGGCCUUUGAAAGGAACAGAGCUAUCGAAAUGUCCUCUGUGUUUGGAUGGAAGUGAUGAAUGGGACAAUUGGGCGCGGAAUCAGUUCAUGUCUGCUGGUUCUGACUUACUUGGAAAGUUCUCCAAUCUUCAGUACUUAGUUCUUGCCAAGAUGUUGCUUAUGCGGAUGAAGGAUUUGUCCGUCGAGAUUGGAAGCCUUUCAUGGUGGCUUGCCAGGGUUUUGCUUCUUCAACAGAGAGUUUUGGACGAGCGGUCUUCGUCCUUGUCUGAUCUCUUGCACGUUUAUAUGGGCGAAGCUUUGCAGCAAUUCAGCACUUCGAAACUAGUUCGGAGUUACUGGGAGGAUGAUCUACGUGAUGGGGAGAGCUCUGCGAUUGUCUCCGUGCUUCAUUUAGAGGCUGGAAUUAUGGAAUAUUUAUAUGGGCGAGUUGACUCUUGCAGGAUGCAUUUUGAGUCAGCUGAGAUGGCAGCUGGGCUUCAGCUUUCAGUUACUGGGGCACUUGGUUUCCGUACUGUACAUCAGGCAGAACCAAAGGCACAGAUGGUACUUGUUACAAACACAAGUACAUCAAAUGUGGAUAACUGCCCCUUAACAGGUACUGGUAUGCAAACGUGUGAUUCCAACAAUGGUGAGGAUAACUGGAAUUUGAAUAAGCGUGAAACCUCUGAAGCAUCUGACAUACUUAGAAUACCGAAGUUGUUAGAAAACGAUGACUCUAAAACCAGGUCUCAAGGCAUGGAAAACGGUGCCCAUGUUACUCCAAGUUUGACAGCAACACAACAAGCUGUAAUUCUGGCAUAUUGUCUUCUAAUUGAGAAGAGCUCCCGACAUGAUGAAUUGCAACGAUGGGACAUGGCCCCUUACAUUGAGGCAAUUAAUUCCCAGCAUUUGUUUUACUUCACUAUACGGUGUUUAUGCGAUGUUUUACGUAUUCGAUGGGAGUCAUCUCGUAGCCGAACUAAGGAGCGUGCCUUACUGAUGAUGGAUAACUUGGUGACUAUGUGUUGUGUUUUGAUUGUAUCCCACUUUACCCAGGCGAUCCUCCUUUGCUCCAGGCCAGCACCCCAAAGGAAAUUGCGCUGGAUCUUGACUAGCUUGUCUGCUACAAUGCUGGGUACCCUGAAAAAUGAGAAAAAAUAUAUAGGAAGCGCUAUUAAGACUGCAUUGAUUAGUGUGACUCUCCCUCCCAAGGAAAUGUGUUUUUGUUUCCAUCUCGCAAGUUUUGCCUCACACUUCCUAAUGAUAGGGUCCCAGGUCUCUCUACGCCUUGGAUUUGCCCCGAUGGGGAUACCAAGGCUUUUACUUAUAAUGUUUUUACCUUGCAGGCAUGUGAUCAAGAAAAAGAGCAAGGAAGCCUUUAUUGCAUUUAAAGAAGCCUUGAAAUUCAAACGAAACAGCUGGCAACUAUGGGAGAACUACAGCCAUGCUGCUGUUGACAUUGGCAAUAUCAGUCAGGCACUGGAAGGUGUCCAGAUGAUUUUGAAUAUGAGCAAUAAUAAGAGAGUUGAUUGCGAAUUAUUGGAAAGAAUCACUAAGGAGGUGGAAAAGCGGCUUUCAACAAGUAACGUGCCCCCUUUGAUAACUGACAAUAAGCCUAAAACAGAUCAAUUCUGCAUUGUUGAUCCUGGAUCAGAAAAUCAAGAGCAAGUAUCUGGAGCAUCUGUUACAGGAAGAUCACGUGAAACUGAACAAUUAUUGUUAUUACUUGGAAAAGUUUUACAGCAGAUAAUUAAAACUGGGAGUGGAUGUGGACCAGAAAUCUGGGGCUUAUAUGCCAAAUGGCACAGAAUUAAUGGAGAUCUCAUGAUGUGUUCUGAAGCCCUCUUAAAGCAAGUUAGGUCACUCCAGGGAUCUGAUACAUGGAAGGACCGAGACCGGUUCAAAAAGUUUGCAAAAGUUUCUUUGGAACUUUGCCAGGUGUACGUGGAAUUUUUUUCAUCUACUGGUAGUAUUAAACAAUUGUCUACAGCUGAGAUGCACUUGAAGAAUGUCAUCAGACAGGCUCAGAGCUUCACCGAUACAGAAGAGUUCAGGGAUCUUCAGGCUUGCUAUGAUGAAGUGAAAAUUAAACUCCAAUCGAACUCAAUGCCUAGCUAAAAUCUUGUUGAAGGUAUUAUUCGAUUUAUCAUGCAAGUUCUAACCUGCUGAGGCAUCUAUUAAGAGUCUCUGUGCAUGUAGCUUCCUAAUUUUCAUCAACAGGGAAUGUCAAGAGGUUGCUUUCAGAAUCUUGAAUGUGGCAAAUAUUUAAUAUCACUGAUUGGAGUUAAAGGACGUGCUUCGUAUCAUAUGAUAUCGUAUGUAUUGCAUAUUAAAUUAAACAUUCUCAAAUGAAAGCGCAAUUUUGUCAUGGCCA